AGCUUCGGUUCCGGACAGUUCCCGGAGCGGGGCGGGCGCAGGGGGGACCGCGGUUCCCCAUGGAGCGGCGCUGCGAUCCCAAUGACGGCGCCUACUACACCUACGAUGAGAUCUGGGUUCACUACAGAUCCCUGAGAUACAAGCCGGAGGUCAUCAACUCCUACUGGGACGGAAAUCGACGUAGCCGUUUUUUGAUCGUCACGCCGCAUGCUAUGAAGGCACCAAUAGAGGUGAUAGUUGAUCGUAUUAGGCUUAGUCUGCCGUAUGCCUGACUUAUUCAGCUGGCUCCAUGUAUGGUACACAUGCAAGGCUUCAAAUUGUGUUCCAGGCAGCUGGCUGACCUUUGGGUUGCAUCGCAUCAUGACGCGCAGCAACCAGUUGGGCAACAUAUCCUCUAUACACAAAUGUAUAUACUCUCACAUUGUGUCGUAGGCACAUGGUGGGGUGACACCUGUAAAUCGGUUGCAUUCCUUGAAAUCUUCAAACUGCUGGCAGGACUAUGAGAUGUACCCAGAAAAGGCCAAGCCCAGCGGAAAGUCGAAACCAAAGGCCGAACCAAAGGGGGCCAAAGGCAAAGGCAAAGAAAAGGGCGAUGGGAAGGGCAAAGGAAAAGCGAAGGCUUCUCCGGAGCCUAAGGCAAAAGCCAAGGCCAAAGCGAAGGCAGAGCCCAAAGGCGCCGCCAAGGCAGUCAAGACCGCAGCGGCGAACCCCAAGCGCUUCAUCAACGAGGAGCCCAGCAUCGUUCAGGAUUGUGUGGAUGGAUUGAUUUGGGCAACGCCCAACCUGGCCCGCCUUGAUGGCUAUCCAGACAUCAAAGUGGUCUACCGGACGGAUUGGAACAAGGACAAGGUCUCCGUGAUCUCCGGCGGCGGCGCCGGCCACGAGCCCUUGCACGGCGGCUUCGUGGGACGAGGUCUUUUGACAGCUGCAAUCUCUGGAGAAACCUUUGCAUCUCCUUCCAUCGAUGCAGUGCUUGCGGCCAUUGUCCAAGUCACUGGCCCCAAGGGUUGCUUGCUGGUCAUUAAGAACUACACCGGCGAUCGCUUGAACUUCACUCUUGCGGCUCAGAAGGCCAGAUCGAUCUAUGGCCUUCAAGUGGAGACAGUGAUUGUCAAGGAUGAUGUGGCCACCACGGCGGAGCGAGGAAUUGCCGGAACGCUCUUUGUGCACAAGGUGGCAGGCGCCAUGUCUGAGGAGGGCAAGUCCCUCAGUGAGAUUAAGACCGAAGUGGAACAGGUGAUCUCAAAGAGUCUCAGUCUGGGCAUCUCCCUCUCAGUGGUCCGGCGCUUGAAGGCUGAAUCCAUCGCCCGCAAGAAGAUGGAGGUGGGCUUGGGCAUUCAUGGGGAGCCAGGUGCCAGGACCGAAGCAAUGGCGUCCGCAAAGAAAGUGGUGGAAAUCUUAAUGGAGGGCUUGGAAGCGGGACGAAGUGCCAAGCAGCUGCCAGAGCCCGAGGGCUGGAUUUGUUUGCUGAACAACUUAGGUGGUGUGCCACCACAAGAGAUGUGCAUCGUGCUGGCGGAGCUGAUGAAGUCCAAAUGGGGCAAUAGCAUCAAGCUUUUAGUUGGCCCAGCACCGAUGUGCACCUCCUUGGACAUGAAUGGCAUCUCCAUCAGCUUGUUGCCCUUUAGCAGCUCUUGGUCCUCGUUGAUUUGUGCACCGGUCUCCUCCAGUGCUUGGCCGGCGGCUGUGAAGCCGGAGUUUCCCACCAGCGCCGCCGUGCAGGUGAAGGAUUGCUUCGAGGGGGUGUCACCCUCCAGCGAUGAAACAGUGAAAGGCAUGCUGGAGAAGGCCUGCAAGGCACUGAUCGCCGCCAAGUCUGAGCUGGAUCGCUUAGAUGGGAAGGUGGGCGAUGCAGAUUGUGGUUCGACCAUGGCCAAGGCAGCCACAAGCAUACUGGAGAAGCAGGAACGAUUGCCGAUGGCUGAUCCGAAGGCCUUUUGUGCUUGCUUAUCAGACCUUUUGGGCAAGACCAUGGGUGGCUCCAGUGGCGUAUUGCUGAGCAUCAUGUUUAUGGGCAUGUCCAGCCAUUGGGAGUCCGGCUCCAACUGGAGCUCCCUCCCUGAAGCCUUCAAGGCAGGCCUUCAAGCGAUGAUGGAUGCAGGUGGUGCCAGUCCAGGUUCUCGCACGAUGCUGGAUGCUUUGGUGCCUGCUGCUGAUGCCUUGAUCGAAGAGAAGGGUCUCACAGGUGCUGCGGCUGCAGCCAAGGAGGGCUGUGAAGCGACGAAGUCCAUGAAGCCUAAGGCUGGUCGAUCGGAGAAUGUGCCAGAGUCAGUGCUGAAAGGUGUGCCCGACCCGGGCGCCAAAGCCGUCGAGCUUCUCUUCGCAGCACUGAGCUGACGGGCGCCACACGCAGCUCCUCCCGCACCGUUGUGGAUCACUUCGUUAGCGGAGACACCGUGGCGCGCGUCACGAGAAACCACAGAUGUUCGAUGGAAAGGGCCGCGGAAAAGGCUGCAGAUCGGCAGAUGAUUUUUGGAGAUUGGGGUGGGGGGGACCAAAUUGGAAUAAGGGCCUCUUAAAGUGGGCUGAUAGUAUCAGGGCAUAUCAUGGCUACUGAAUUGCUAAGGCUGCUAAGGUCUGCUAAGGCUAAGGGGUGAUUUUGAUCCAUCCGGGCACUAACAAGGAGAUCCCGUCACUUUCGCUCCGGUUGUGCAGUAAGCCUUGAUGUACCAGGAUGAGAUGGGUGGUUGAUGUAUAUUGAUGAGUUGAUGUUAUUGAAUCCUCUUUUUGUUAAUACGCGUUGUUCAGUGAGGUUUGGACAUGAAGUGGCAUGAAGUGGUGUGGUAGGACGCUGCCACACGAAUUGAGGCUCGAAGCCGGAAAG